GGCCUGGACCAGUCGCGCAAGCGCCCGGCGCCGCAGCAGAUCCAGCAGGUGCAGCAGCAGGCCGUGCAGAACCGCAACCACAACGCUAAGAAGAAGAAAAUGGCUGACAAAAUUCUCCCUCAGAGGAUUCGUGAGCUGGUACCCGAAUCUCAGGCCUACAUGGAUCUGCUGGCAUUUGAAAGGAAACUGGACCAGACGAUCAUGAGGAAACGGUUGGAUAUCCAGGAGGCCUUGAAACGACCCAUUAAGCAAAAACGAAAGCUUCGCAUCUUCAUUUCCAACACUUUCAAUCCGGCCAAGUCGGAUGCAGAGGAUGGUGAGGGGACUGUUGCCUCGUGGGAGCUCAGGGUGGAAGGACGUCUGCUAGAGGAUUCAGCUCUGUCCAAAUAUGAUGCCACCAAACAGAAAAGGAAGUUUUCAUCCUUCUUUAAGUCUCUGGUCAUCGAGCUGGAUAAAGACCUGUAUGGCCCAGACAAUCACUUGGUGGAGUGGCACAGGACUGCUACUACCCAGGAGACGGAUGGCUUCCAGGUGAAGAGGCCCGGUGAUGUGAAUGUGCGCUGCACUGUCCUCCUGAUGCUGGACUACCAGCCUCCACAGUUCAAGCUGGACCCCCGCCUGGCCCGUCUCUUGGGGAUACACACCCAGACCCGCCCGGUGAUCAUUCAGGCACUGUGGCAGUAUAUCAAGACCCACAAACUGCAGGACCCCCAUGAACGGGAGUAUGUCAUCUGUGACAAGUACCUCCAGCAGAUAUUUGAGUCUCAACGAAUGAAGUUCUCAGAGAUCCCCCAAAGGCUGCAUGCUUUGCUCAUGCCUCCAGAGCCAAUUAUCAUUAACCAUGUGAUCAGUGUUGACCCAAAUGACCAGAAGAAAACAGCCUGCUAUGACAUUGAUGUGGAAGUGGACGAUACCCUGAAAACCCAGAUGAAUUCCUUCCUGCUGUCCACAGCCAGUCAACAGGAGAUCGCUGCUCUGGAUAACAAGAUCCAUGAAACAAUAGAAACCAUUAACCAGCUGAAGACCCAGCGGGAGUUCAUGCUCAGCUUUGCCCGGGACCCCCAAGGCUUCAUCAAUGACUGGCUUCAGUCACAAUGCCGGGAUCUAAAGACCAUGACCGACGUCGUUGGAAAUCCAGAAGAGGAGCGUAGAGCUGAGUUCUACUUCCAGCCGUGGGCUCAGGAAGCUGUGUGCAGAUACUUCUACUCCAAGGUGCAGCAGAGACGGCAGGAGCUGGAGCAGGCCCUAGGAAUCCGUAACACAUAGGCAGCCCCACUCCUCGUCGACCAGAAGGCAUUGCAGCUACUUGUGGAGACUCAGCACUGCAGUUCACUGUUAGGGCCCACACAACCCCACUCCAGCACAGAGACCUGCAGCCACGACCCACCCUCGCACAGUCCCUGCCGGUGCGGCUCCAGAACCCUUUGAGGAAGUGGCGAGCAGGCAGCUCAGAGGAUUGCACGCUUCUACUUGGUUUCCUUCCUGACUUUUGCUGGGUCAAUCCCAGAGCUCCCGAGGGCCAAACCCUAUGUACCGGUUGCCUGUAAUAUCCCUGGUAUCCAGAAUGGAUGUGGACUCAACUUUCUCUUGAGUUCAGAAACUCAUCCUGGCCCUUUUCCCCCUAAGCUGGGAUCUAGUUACUGCACACAAGAGAACAUGGGGCUGGAAUCCCUCUUGGCAGGGCAAUACCGUCUGCCAUACAGACAAGAUCUGUAGCCAUUCCCUUCUUUGCCUGUGACAUGCCCUGAAGCAGGUGGACAGUGCUCCCUCCCUGUACUGGGCUUCCUUGUAGGACAGCCCUCUUGAGGAAGGGUUUCUGGACUUAAGUAGAGAAUAGCUUCUCCGAUCAUGUCCGUCCCUGGAUGUCUCAUUUCCCUCCUUGUUACUCACCAGGCUUCCGCAAGCCUGUGGGAUAAGAUGAUGUUGGCACAGCCAGGGAUGGAGAAGCAGUGGAGAGGUGUGGCUUUGCACGCCGAGGGUUUUGCUGAUGUGCGGUGUGAAGCAGCCACUUGUUCUCCCUGCUGCAGCUACAGCUCUCACAGCGUAGCUGGGCUUCGCAGGAGCAGUAGGGUCACUCCUUUGACAGAGACAGGAAUCCUGCACCACCGCCUGUUGGAGAAACGUGCUGCUCCACGCAGAGCCAGGAGUCUGAUGGGGCAGACUGCCCCUAGUCACAUCCCGGGCCAAUAACUAGCAGAAGUCUCUGUCACGGUGAGACUGGUCUCCUGCGGCGUCUUGCCCACUAGGUGCAGGGCAGGUGCUGAGUCAGGAAUGUGCAAACAGGUUUUCUCCCCUUGGGACAUGACAGCCCUGCUGUCUCUUUGGGGGGAUGAAUUAGUGCCACGCUUCAGCCUCACCUUCUGGACUGUGGCGGGGUGGAAGGGAGUGGCUUUCUUUGACCUGGAUCUGAAUAUGGGACAGUGAAGCAAGUGGACUCAGAGGUCGGUCGCACUCUGGGAGAUAGCUGCAGAAUCAUGAUGCUGACACCCCUUUUGCGCACACACCCUGCCUUGGCAUGGCUGGGAGGCUGCUGCCAGUCUGGGAGCCUGGGUGGCCCUAGCCCCUGUGUCUGUGUAACUACGUGUAUGUGAGUAAUAGACUCGACCUUCCUCUCCCCUGUUCCCUUCCCCGUAUCCUUCCGUGGCACUAGGGCUGAUGCAGCAGCUGGCAGUGCCUCUGGGCACGUGCGCAUGGAGGGCGCCGGAUACUGCGGAGGCAAGUGCAGCUGUUGCAAAAUUACUGUUUUUAUUAACUGAACAUUGUUUUUUUCAUGGACCAAAUUUUUUUUGUACCGUGUCCUCGUAGCCGUCACCCAGUUGUAAUAAAAGCCUCCUGCGAAGGAAGGAA